UGGGUCUUUUCCUUCUUGAAUCCACCACCGGGGCUCCGUUUGAGGCAGAUCCCGAGGGGUCUGCCGGUGGUAACGCCCCUCAGCACGUGCACGUCUUCAUCGCAAAAUGACUUCGAUGGCCUUCCAGCUCUCAGAGACGGGGGAAAGGUCAAGUUAAUGACACUAGCAGAUUGAGUCUGUUUAUGCAAAAAUGAAUUUGUUAGUACCCAAUCACAAGUAAUCACUGAUCUUGGAUGAUGAUACUUUUUGGACAUAAAGCUUCUGUUCUCUCAAUGCUCCUUUAUCCCCGUCCUCUGAUCUCAUUAGAUUUACCCAGACAAUGAUCCCAAAGAUAACUGCCAGCAGCUGAGCAAGAAGGUUCACUGGGCACAUUACUGAAAUCCUGGAAGGGUGCAAGAAGCUCUCCUGCUGGCUGGUCCAUCAGGAAGAGCUUUGAGAACACUGCUCUAGUAAACAUAUUUGUAAGCCUUGGACCAAGACUUUAACCGCAGUGCCUGCAAUACCACAGAAGGGAUUGAAAAAGGAAGGCAAGUAGUGCAAACAUGGAUAAGGACAGCAUGACCCUGGCUGACCAGCAGUAUGAGUGUGUAGCUGAGAUUGGUGAAGGAGCCUACGGAAAGGUGUUCAAAGCCCGGGACUUGAAGAAUGGAGGGCGUUUUGUAGCACUGAAGAGGGUGAGAGUGCAGACGGGCGAAGAGGGGAUGCCCCUUUCCACCAUCCGGGAGGUGGCUGUACUGAAGCACCUGGAAACAUUUGAGCAUCCCAAUGUGGUCAGGCUGUUUGAUGUAUGCACAGUGUCCCGAACAGACCGAGAGACCAAACUAACACUUGUCUUCGAGCAUGUCGAUCAAGAUUUGACCACUUACUUGAAUAAAGUUCCAGAACCUGGAGUGCCUAGCGAAACCAUAAAGGACAUGAUGCUGCAACUGCUACGAGGACUUGAUUUUCUGCAUUCACACAGAGUGGUCCACCGUGAUCUGAAACCGCAAAAUAUACUAGUAACCAGCAAUGGACAGAUAAAACUAGCUGAUUUUGGGCUUGCAAGGAUCUACAGUUUUCAGAUGGCUCUUACCUCUGUGGUUGUCACUUUAUGGUACAGAGCUCCUGAAGUUUUGCUUCAAUCAAGUUAUGCAACACCAGUUGAUCUUUGGAGCGUCGGCUGCAUUUUUGCAGAAAUGUUCCGUAGAAAAGCACUUUUUCGUGGAAACUCUGACGUUGAUCAACUAGGAAAAAUCUUUGAUGUAAUUGGGCUUCCCGAAGAAGAAGAUUGGCCUAAUGAUGUUGCUCUUCCAAGAAAUGCCUUCACAUCUAAAACCCCUCAGCCUAUUGAAAAUUUUGUAGCUGAUAUUGAUGAUCUAGGCAAAGAUUUGCUACUUAAAUGUUUAGAAUUCAGCCCCACAAAGAGAAUAUCAGCUUAUGAUGCCUUGUGUCACCCUUAUUUUCAUGAUCUGGAGAAAUGCAAGGAGAGUACAGACUCUGAUAUGUCAUCCAGUCAAAACUCUUCUGCGAUAAAUACAUCAUAAGGAUGCUUCAAAGGCAGUCUACAGAUAGAACCAAUACAGUCACUGUUGAAGGUGAAGACCAUAGAUGUUCAACUAAAGAUCAUUACUUGAAAAAUCAUCACUUCAUGAAUUGUCUAUGUGCUUCUUCAGGACAAUCUACUUCACCAAGGGAAAGAAUCUAGUUUACUUCAGUAAAACAAUGCAAGAGACAAGGCUUACAAUGACUCUCACUUUGGUUUGAUUUUUUUUAGUUUUAAGUCUGACUCUCUGGAGAUCUCCAGGUGAAGACAAGCUGCUGACCAUAUCACCUGCCAUUUCCUUCUCUUAACACUGAAUGGUGCCAGAGUGGAUUAGAGUAAUCUGGUCUCACUACCAAAAUGCGAUACCUUCUAUGUCUCGGGUGCUAAAGUCUGAUUUGGUACUUUUCUUUGGCACUAUGCUGAUUAACCAUGAUUACAGAAAAAAAAGUAAUUUCACAGCAAUAUUUACGUGAACAGCACUGCACCUCUGUUAAAUCACAAACCGCCUGCAGUUGUGAAAAAUGUGUACAUACCCUUUCCAAUAAGAAACGUGAGAUGCUCUUCAUAAUAAUUUGUGUCUCUUGAGUUAAUGCACAGGAAAUUAUUUAACAAGACUGAAGUGAAGCAAAAGAAAAGGUGGGUUUUAAAGAAAUUACUUUGUAAGAAUUUAGUCUACUUUAGUUAUGUCAGCUUUAUUAUUACACAGCGUAACUUCUUGUUUCCUCAGUCGUAAAUCUAUUGUGUAUACCUUUGGGCAGUGAUUACUUUUCCAGCGUAGAUGAUAUCCCUCUCUCAGGUGCAUGAAGGAAUAAGAAAAAUCAAGUAACUCUUCUUUGUAUUUAUAAUUAUCAAUGGGAAAAUACUUGGAGCAAAAUGUUUUUCCUGGAGAAUAAAUCAGAGGGAGGACUCACUCCAGCAUUCAGCCUGCCCUGCCCACACUAAACCUCAGCAGGGGUGGAAUUCUAGUAGGACCUCCUUUGCAUAUUAGGCCACACACCCCUGAUGUAGCCAAUCCUCCAGUAGCUUACAAAGAAGACACUUGUAAGCUCUUGGAGGAUUGGCUACAUCAGGGGUCUGUGGCCUAAUAUGCAAAGAAGCGCCUGCUAGAAUUCCAUCCCUGAACUUCAGGCACCAGAGCACAUGACUCUGGUUGUUACAACAAAAUCAUCCACAGAGCAUCUGCAUUUCAUGUACUUUAGUAGAUUAUAUUUUUCUACUUUGUGAGAAUCCCUGUCUAUAUCACCUUUUAGACUGAUUGGUCUAGUCCUCUCUCUAGCUUGCUGUCAUUUGAAAGCCGGCUUUAAUAAAUAAUGCACCUGGCUGCCUUAGCACAAUUUUAUUAAAUAUGGCAAUAAAUGUUGUGUGUAUGUGUGUGUGUAUAUAUAUAUAUAUAUAUAUAAAUAUAUAUAUUUAGUUUAAGGUUUUUUUAAAAAAUAGAUUUUUUAAAAAGAAUUUUUAUUUUUGUAGCGUUGUUUUGAUGAAAUAAUUUUUAUCCACAAAAAUAAAGAUGUGUGCUUAGGCUGGUUC